AUGCCCCCCCGGCACCAAACCCACCGGGGACGGCGGCGAUUCCCGGCCGAGCUCCCCGCCACCGGCCCGAACCGCUGGGGGAGGAACGGGUUCUUAGUGCGAACGGAUGUUUUUGGGAACGGGGCUGAGAAAAACACGGAAACGGGACUUGAGGAAGGAAGAGACGAGGCUAAAGCUCCGGAGGGCGCGUCGCGGCUCGGUGCCGCCGUUCCCCCGCCGUUCGUGCGCUGGGGGCGCGGGGCUGACCCCGCACCGCCGGGCUCCGGCCUCCGGCGCCGUCCCGCUCCUCAGAGCUGGAAAACAUGGCAAAACGGGGGAUUAUUUUCUCUCUCUCUCUCUCUCUCGAUCGCUGCAGCAAACCUGGUGUUGCACCAGACCGUGGAGCGCAUCCACGUGGGCAAGAAGUAUGGGGACAUCCCUCGGGGCAUCUUUGUUGUGAGAGGGGAGAACGUUGUGCUGCUGGGGGAGAUAGACCUGGAGAAGGAGAGCGAUACCCCCCUGCAGCAGGUCUCCAUCGAGGAGAUCCUGGAGGAGCAGCGCGUGGAGCAGCAGGCCAAGCAGGAGUCGGAGAAGCUGAAGGUGCAGGCGCUGAAGGAGCGGGGUCUCUGCGUGCCCCGGGCAGACACCCUGGACGAGUACUGACCCCGCAGCCCCCCGGGGCCUCCCCCCGUGGCAGAGCCAGGGGUGCCCCCUGAGCCCCCCGCGCCGGGGCAGCUCUCUUGGGAAAAGGCGCUUUUUACGUUCAGAUUGUGUUUUCCGUGGCACAGAUAACUGUGAGAGAGAGAGAAAGAGAGAAAAAAAAAGAGAAAAAAAGAAUGAUGCCUUCAGUUUCUCCUCUGGGAGAAGGAGAGAAGGCCGUGGGCUGCCCCGGGGGUGGCCGGAGCACCGGGGAGCACCAGCGGUUGUGUUCGGGAGGCGAAUCGCUGGGUCCUUUGGGUUGCUUUGAUUUGUUAUUUUUUUUCCUCCUCCCGUGACUCUGGGUGAGAGUUUUCCUUUGACGUGUAAAUAAAUCCUUGAUCUCAACAGCGA